AUGUCUUGCACGAUUGGCUACACGCUGCUGGCCUGUCCUAAUGCGUCUGUGCACAACAGGUGCCUUUUGUGUAGCACUAAACUCCUUGGUUGUAAAAGGUAUUCGACCGUAAUGAAUGAUGCCCCGGCGGUCACGGUCAACCGUUGGACGAUCGGAUCCUUCUGCGAGAAACAGCAGUACCAUUGCUCCAACGAAUUUAAACGUGCUGGUCGCCCGAAGGAAACGCCUCACUGCCCUCACACUCUUGUCGCAGAGAACAAUACGACUUUACCUCUAGACCGCCCUGUAAUACGAUUUACCUUGGCAUGGGGACUCGCUGUUCUUCAUCCGGCUGAUCACCGCUGGCCUUUCUGCUUCAGUGAACCUCCGUUUCCAUUUUAUUAUGUUACGAUUGAUAGACAAAAAAAACAAAACGAGCCGUUCAGCUGUAAAAUCCUUUCGGUGCCUAGCUGCCAUACCAGCCGCAUGAAGCACGAGGGCUGGGGUACUGCCAGGCUGCCCAAGCCUAGACAGGAGAAGUCGAGAUGCAGAUGCCGGGCCGGGUUCGCGGACCUUCCGCCUCUUUUGGUGGACCGGAAUCCAUAUCUAGAAAAAAAAACACUUUCGGCGCCUAACUGCCAUGCUACCCCGAGGAAGCACGAGGGCUGGGAUACUGCCAGUUUGUCUAGACAGUGGAAGUCAGAGGGUAGAGGUCGGGUUCGAACAACGGACCUUUAG